CAGACUUGACAUCACUCUUCUAUCUGAAAGUCCUACAACGAUGCUCGUAGCUCGUAAAACUGCGAUCAAUCGUUAUCAAUGAUUGGCCAAACCGCAGUCGAUCUCAGUCGGCUACAGGCCUUUGCUAGAGCCGCGCAGAAAGGCUGCAGCUCCCCGUUAUGCCUUGAGAAUCCUUCCAUGGAGAAACCUCACAAUUCUGUCUUCAGUUCCAGACUCUGCUAACUUCAGCUUGUUCGGGAUAUAGAGCUCAUCGGCACUUCUUAUAAAGCUCCUGUCUUUUUUGUGCUUCUGAGCUGCACGAUGCCUGACCCAAUGACGAUACAGGACGAGUCCGACCACUUCUCCCCCUACAGGGCGGAUGGCAAGCUCUACGGAUUUGUGUGCGUGGUCACGGGCGCAAAUAUGCCAGUGGGGUCAGCGAUCGUGACCGAGUUAGCAGCACACGGCGCAGCGUGCAUCUACGCCUGCACGACAACAGAUCAACCCUCUGGGCUGCAGAGCUCCCUCCUCAAACUCUACCCAAACACGAAGAUCAUCGACUAUCCCUACUCAAUCUCCUCGGAACAAGAUACUCUGACUUUGAUUGAUGAGGCGCUCAAUGCAUGGGGAAGACUUGACGUCUGGGUUUGCUCAUCGGGCCUGCUGGGUCCUCCUUCAAUCGAUCUUACCACUCCCGCCGACCUCCAAAAGUGCUUCGAAGCCAACAGCCUUGCUCCCUUUUUUGCCCUGAAGUACGCCCCGCACGCAAUGCAAAAGACCUCUCCGAAAGGGACUUACCCGAACGCCGCACCCAAAGAUCAGUGCUAUGGCAGUAUCAUUGUGGUCACAAGCACAGCAAGUACAUAUGGUGGUUGUUGGGGACCGUGCUACACAAUGAGCUCUCAUGCCGCGUUGGGUGUGGUACGCGCCGGUGUUGCAGUGCUCAAGGGGACAGGGGUGCGUGUCAAUGCCAUUAGUCCCGGACAAAUUGACGUCGGGGUCAGUCUGGAUGGCUUCGAUACCAAAGGCAUGAUCAACACUACACAGCUCCCGCCUGCAGCCUUACAGAGUCCUUCUGCCCAGAAACAGAACAUCGGGUUGGAGAGAGCAGGACGACCAGCUGAGGUUGCGAGAGUUGCAGGUUUUCUGGCAUCUGGGUUCAGUAGCUACAUUACAGGCGCUAACAUGGUAGUCGACGGCGGGGCGAGCGUCAUGUGCCCAUUGAUGGUGCCAAUAUAGGAGGGAAAGCAAAGGUGAAGUAGUAAGUUUGAGGAUUGCACUUGUCUACUUCCUUGUCUUGCAGUUCAUUGGGGUUGACUUGAAAGAGGGGUCGAAGCAUUCUUUGAUCGUGUUUAUUGAUGUUGUUUGAACAAACGGAAAAUUGACAGAUGUUUGUUUCUAUGAGUACCUAGGUAGUUGUAUCUGGACAUCUGUCAGGUUAAGAG